AUGAGCUCAAUGAAAGAAGCGAUCGAUCGGGUGAAAAGCCUCACAGAAAAGCUAAAAACGUCGCACGAAGCUCAUUCCUCGAAUAAUUCCACUGAAAAUGGGCCGAAAUCCACUCCCGUGCAACCUUACCGUGCCAAGAUUGAAAAACUGAGUGGUGAAGUUAGUGUUCUUCGAAGGAAAUUGAGUAAAUCUUCAUUUUUCAGGUCGUCGAUUCCAAUCCUUAUAGCAGAUUGAUGGCUCUGCAAAGGAUGGGAAUCGUGAAAGAUUAUGAGAAUAUCAGGAAAAAGACGGUGGCUAUCGUUGGAGUUGGAGGUUUUUCCUAUUUUUCUUGAUUUUUUUAAGGGAAGAUAAUUUUUAGGUGUUGGAAGUGUGGUGGCUGAAAUGCUGACGAGGUGCGGCAUUGGAAAAUUGAUUCUUUUCGAUUAUGACAAGGUUUUUUUCUUGUCUUUAACUUAUUCUUCAAUUAAUUGAGUUCACAGUUACUGUACUUUUUUUAAAAAUAUUUUUUUCCAUUUUAUGGGAUAAAGGAUAAUCAUACGAUAGAAAAAUAUUUUUUUAAUUGGGUAAAUCAUCUUUUUUUCUAAUUUUUUUGAAGUUUUUUUAGUUUAAAAUGCGUAUAGAUCUUUAUUUCAUUUUUUAGAAAUUUAAAAAAAGCUCUGAAAUUUUGGAGGCUUAAGAUGGGGGAGGGGGCUUCUGUGUUUUUUGGUAAAAUUUGAGCUCAAGCUUUUUUUAUUUUGACCUGAUAUCGAUAUAUUUCAUUAACAAGCUAGUGUUUUAUAAGAUUUGAUAGCUUUUUUUGGUCGAAAAUUCAGAAAAAUAUAUUUUCGAAAAUUUAUUAACCAUUUUUUUGGAAUAAAGCUUUUUGAAAUGUUAAUAUUUUUCGAGAAAAAAAUGUUUUUUUGAAGCUUCGAAAACCUUCCAAAAGUGUCCCAAAGUCUAAAAAAUUCGAAAAUUGACUAUUAUAAAAAACCGACCGACUUUUCCAGAAUUUCUCAAAUUUGAAAAAAGACAUUUUCUGGAUGAAAAAAUUUGAAAUUUUCAAUUUUGAGGUGGAAAUCGCCAAUAUGAACCGUCUAUUCUACCAACCCCACCAAUCGGGACUCAGCAAGGUCGACGCCGCCCGGGACACUUUGAUGUAUUUUUCCCAAAAAAAAAAAGAAUUAUUAAUGAAAAUCCCCGUUUCAGUCACGUCAAUCCGGACGUCGAAAUCGAAACCCACAAUUUCAAUAUAACCACUGUCGAUAAUUUCAAGACGUUUGUGGACCGGAUAAGGUGUGAAUUUUUUUCAUUUUUCAAAAAAAAAAAAUAACUUUUUGGGGUCGGCUCUUUGGAAGGCGGAAAGGUUGACCUGGUGCUAAGUUGUGUCGACAAUUUCGAGGCUCGUCUCGCGGUUAAUACGGUAGAGUUUUUAUUAUAAAAAAAUAAUUGAGGCUUAUUGUUGAAAAACGUAAAAAAAUUUAAAAAGUAUGCAAAAAUAAUUUUAAUUUCGCUUUUUUUGUUUAAAAAUAUAGACAACCGAUUUUUAAAAAAAAGAAAAAAAGAAUUUUUAAUUUUUCAAUCGAAGUCUUCGAAUUUUUAAUAGAUUUCUGAAAAAAAUGGACAAAAUCUUCAUGUUCUAGAAAAAAAUCCGUUUACAGCUAGAAUUUCGAAAAUUUAUUUAAAUUUUCAAAAAAAUUUUUAAUUUUGCAGCGAAAAAAAGGUUUUUUUGAACUAUAAAAUUUUCAAUUUUUUUCUGUUUUUUUAUUCACCUUUUUGAAAGUUGGGACCUUUUUUUAUGGCUUCUCGAUCAUUAGUUUUUUUGGAAAUUUUUCGUUCUUUUUCGGAUCUUUUCAAUAAAAAAACCAGGAAAAAGCAAUUUGAAGGAUUUUUUUCGGGCUUUUUUUGACCUUUUUUUCCGUGUAAUUUGAUAAGAUUUUUGAAUUUAUUUUUUUCAACCUUUUUUUGAACUCCUGCUUGCUUUUUUUCUCAGGUUUCAAUGUUCUAUGUCAAAUUUUUUUCUCUGAAAAAAAUUCCAGUUUUUCUGGAAUUUUUUUGCAUUUUUCAUAUUGGUUUCCGUUUCAUUUGAUCACGGUUUCAUGUUCUUGUUGAAAAAAACCGUUUUUUGGGUUAUUCUUAACUUUUCUUGUAGUUUUUCCUUUGAUAUCCUGAAUUUUAAAUUAUUUUUCAGGUCUUUCUGAAAAUUUCUUGAGUUUGUAUAUUCAUAUUCGUUCCAUUUUAUGAUAUAGUUUUGCAUUUCUUGAUGAAAAAAUCCGGGGUGAUUCCAAAAUUUUCUUGUAAUUUUUCAUAUUGUUCAUGGAGCAGAGUCUGAAUAUUACCUUAAGGCUUGCAACGAAGAGAACCAGAUUUGGAUCGAAUCCGGCGUCAGUGAGAACGCCGUUUCUGGCCACAUUCAGUACAUCGAGCCGGGAAAAACGGCCUGUUUUGGGGUGAGUUUCUGGUCGGGAAAAACUUCUCAAAAGGUGCUUUAAAAAUAGCUUCUGAGGGUCACGAACAGAUCUUUCUCACUUCCUUUGAUGAAAAGAUUUUGGAAAGUUGAAAAAUUGGUUCGAAAAGGGUCCUCUGAGGCUCUAAAAAAGGAGAUCAUAAGCCUUUUCCUUCAUUUUAGAAACCUUUUCGGCCCCUACCUGGAAAAGUCCUUUCAAUUUGCGGCUGGGAAUUCUCUGAACGUUGGCCAGACAGCUUCAGAAGAAUAUUCCUGCAAAAUUUCCUCGUUUAAGUCAAAGGAUACCCUUAAAACCCAUCAAAAUAGGCUAUUUUCAGGCUUUAAACCCCAAUUUUUCGAAAACUAGAAGAUUGAAAAAAUAGACCUUCAAAAAAGAUCCUCUGAGGCUUUGAAAAAGGAGCCCAUAAGCUUUUUUAUGCCAGUUUUGAAGCUUUCAGCCCCGUCUAAGGAUAAAAAAAGAACUUUUCCGUUGUAUCUAUUUUUGAAAAAUGAACUAUAAAACGGGAUUCUCAGUGUGUUCCCCCCUUGGUGGUGGCCUCGAACAUCGACGAAAGGACCCUGAAACGAGAAGGCGUCUGUGCGGCGUCGUUGCCGACGACGAUGGCCGUCGUCGCCGGAUUCUUGGUCAUGAAUGCGUUGAAGUUUGUCCUUUUGAUAUAUUUUCUGUAAACCUUUUCCAACCUUUUCAUAAGUUUGUCUUAAAAAUCAUUGCUUGGUUUUUUCUAAAAACUCGUCAUGAUUGAAACGAAUAAGCUCCUUUCUUUCAAAAAAAAAAACGGUCCAACAGAUUUUUCGACACUUUUUGAUCCCCGGGAACUUUCUCAAUUGACCAAACUCUGUGUUCUUCUAUUCUUUUUCUCAUAAAACCGGGAAAAUUUUUAGUGGUCACUAUAGAGGCUCGCCAUGGACUACUUGGAGAGGACACUAAAGUGGCCACUUCAGUAGUUUUUCAUCCAUUAUUCCAUCCAGUAACUCUGAUAAUUUUAAAACAAACAGAUUGGACCAGUUAUGUUGAUCCAUUGACCCCUAAAGUGGCCACUAAAAUUUUUAGUGGUCUAUUAGUAGCACUUAGACCUCUAUAGUGGCCACUAAUUUUUAACCCCUUAAGUGGCCACUAAUUUGACUACUAUAGUGACCACUAAAACGUCAAAACCCUAUAGUGGCCACUAAAAUUUUCCCAGAAUGAGAAAAAAUUCAGAUUCCUCCUGAAUUUCGGCGAAGUGUCCGGCUACGUCGGCUACAACGCUCUCGUCGAUUUUUUCCCUCGUCAGGCGAUGUUGCCAAAUCCCCAAUGUACUGACCGUUUCUGUGUACAGCGACAGAAGGAGUAUCAAGUGGGUUCUUAAGCAAAAAUGGUUUUUUUUAAUUUAAGGUUUUUUUUAAUUUUUCGUCAAUAAGGUCGACUUUAUGUAUGAAAUAUGACUUUUUCUGGAAAUAUAACGGUUUUUAAAUGAUUUAAUUUUUUUUUUCCAAUAUCUAGCUGAGAAAUUCAAAGACAUCGAUCAAGUGGACCCUUAAGCGAAAAAUUUUAAUUUUUCAUUGAUUUUUGUGUUAAAAAAAUAAGUGGCUUACUUUAUAUUUUUUUGCGUUUUUUUGGAAAGAUGACGAUGAUUAUGAUCUUUUUUUCGUUCAAAAUUUCUAGCCCAGGAAUUCAAAGACAAAGAAGGAAAAUCAAGUGGGUUCUUAAGCAAUAAUGGCCGUUUUUAUUGAUUUUUUGUAAAAAAUGAGGCUUUUUUUUAAAUAUCGGAUGUAGAAAAAUUUUGAUUUUUUUCUAGAAAAAUGGUGUUAAAAUCUUGUUCUUUCAAAGGUUCAGAAGUAUUUUGUGACGUGAAAAUGGUUUUUCGCUUCGAAAUCAUUGUAAAAUAUCUCUAUAUGCGCCUUUAAAAGGUUCCAGAAACGGUUUUUUUGAACCGAAGAUAUUGCUGAGAAGUUUGAAUAAUUUUUAAAAAAAUCAAUAAAAAAAUGGACGUUUUUCGCUUAAGAGCCUACUUGGUAUAAGUUAAGCGCUUUUUAAAUUUCUCGGCUAGAAGUUAGGAAAAAAAUCAAAUUUUUUUAAAAAAAUUUUUUUGAACUUUUUUUCAGUGACUUUUUAUCAUUGAUAGGUAUAUUUUUUUCAUUAAAAAAAUUAAGGAACGAAAAAGUUGCGGAGCCGGAAAAAGUUGAAGAAAUCCCCGAGGAGGAAAUUGUGCAUGAAGAGAACGAGUGGGGAAUCGGUGAGUUGGGAAAAAUAUUUUUUUAAAAAAAUUUUUUUGAACAUUUUCUGUUUUUUUGAUAGUCAGAAAACUUGCACGAGUGUAGAAAAAUUUAAAAGACUGAAAAAAACGCGGAAAAAAAUUCGAACCGCAACGCUUCGAGCCAUUCCAAAUGCGUCCAAGGCCAAAUCUUCCAAAUACAAGUUGACAAUGCGUAAUUUAAUAGUUUCAGGAUAUUACUGAAUUUGUUGAAACUGUUUUUCGAAACAGUUAUGUCAGUUAUUUUGAACCAAAUAUUCAAGUGGUCCCUAGAGGGGUAGCCUUGGGUUUAGGGGCCCUUUUAGAUCCACUAUAGGGGGCACUUAAGCUUGCCAAAGUGGCCGCUGUAGGGUUCUCAGUAAGUGGUCACUCUAGGGGAACAUAUUCGUGAUUUAUAAAAGUCUUUUCUUUUCGAAUCAGACCGAAAAAUAAUAUGCUUUAGGGGCUAGAUUCUGAACCCCUUAAGGGACUACCUGUUCUCUAGGGAGCUCUAUUUUGUUCCCUAUAGGGGCUGUCAUUCUCCUAAACCCUCUAGGGACCACUCUGGUGUUCCUAGAUACCAUUAGAAAGCUAGAGAGCGUUGAAAAGUCCCGGACGAGUCGGGAAAUUUCUAGUGAUCACUUUAGUGCCGGCAGAACUCUUAAGUGGUCCCUAGAAAUUCUCAGAAAAGUCCGUUAAAUUCUAGCUUUCUAAUGGUACCUAGAAACACCAAAGUAACCCCUAGAGGGGUCAGAGAAAUAGGUGGCCCUAUAGGGGACAAAAUAGGGAUCCCUAGAGGGGUCAGAGAAAUUGGCGCCCCUAUAAGGGACAAAAUAGGGCUCCCUAGAGGGGUCAGGAAAAUAGGCGACCCUAUAGGGGACAAAACAGGGCUCCCUAAAGGGGUCAGAGAAAUAGGCGGCCCUAUAGGGGACAAAAUAGGGCUCCCCUAGAGGGGUCAGGGAAAUAGGCGACCCUAUAAGGGUCAAAAUAGGGAUCCCUAGAGGGCUAAAAUUCGGGUAGUCCCCGGGCGCUUCCCCGUUAUCGAAGUCCGAGUAUAUAUUAAAUAAUUCGAUAAUUAAUAUAUCUAAAUUCUAGUGUUUUCCUUCAGUUUGCGUUGACGAAUCGCAACCCGUCGAAAAACCGAAAGAUAAUUCGAAUUCCGUCGCCGAAGGCCUCAAAUUCGCCUACGAGGCCCCGGAACCACAGGAAGAACUACCGGAAGAAGUAAAAUUUUCCAAUAUUUAAAAUAAAAAAAUGAUUUUUUUUUUCAGAUUGUCGUUCCCAAGGACAGCCUGGAAGAGCUGAUGAAAAAGCUGAAAUCUUUGCAAUGA